UCCGAAUGUGCAUCCGUUGGAAACGGCAAAAAAGAGGGAGGCUCGCGGGCAUCGCGCGCGCGACACAGGACUCGGAGGUCGCUCACGCUCUACUGGCGGCCCAUGAGCCCUCGCGUGGAGGGAGGAAGGGCGGGGAGGAGAAGGAAAAGAAGACCGCGGAGAGAGGAGGCCUUUGGUCCUGCGGCCGCCGGCGCGUCGCGGGGCCUUCUCUGAGGAAGGUUUGCAGUGCGCCUGCGUGGAGCGGGCCUUGCUCUCUCGCUUUAUUGCCUCGCUGCGUGCCCGCAGGACUCUUGCCGCGAGGGCGGCCCGUAACUUCAGCCCUGUUCCUGUUGCCUGAGCUGAAAGACUGACGGAUAGUGGCCCGGCCGAGCCGGCGCACGGGAGGAACUUCAAGGAAGCUUCUUCAUCGCUGUUCUCUUCUUGCCGCCGCCGCCGCCGCCAGCACCACUGCCGCUUCCAGCGGCCAUGGGUCCGACAUCCCUGUUAUGGAGGCGGUACUGGCGGCGGCGGUGGCUGAGCGACUGAAAGCGGAGUGCUGUGGGGGAGAAGGCGGCGGAGGCCACGGGGGUCUCUCUGGCGGUGUGUGGUGUCGUGCUGACGGUGUUUUUAACCCUUAGAUGGUCUCUAGCGAGCCGUUGUUGCUGCCUGUGUCACUGGAGGGCGAGUUCUCCAAUAGCAUGAAGGAGAUGAUCGGCGGCUGCUGCGUGUGCUCCGACGAGAGGGGCUGGGCCGAGAACCCGCUGGUUUACUGCGACGGGCAUGGCUGCAAUGUCGCAGUGCAUCAAGCAUGCUAUGGAAUUGUGCAAGUACCCACUGGACCUUGGUUUUGUAGAAAAUGUGAAUCUCAGGAAAGAGCAGCCAGAGUGAAAUGUGAGUUGUGCCCUCACAAGGAUGGUGCUUUAAAGAGGACUGAUGGUGGGGGUUGGGCUCAUGUGGUUUGUGCUCUGUACAUUCCCGAGGUGCAGUUUGCAAAUGUUUCUACAAUGGAACCUAUCGUGUUGCAGUCUGUUCCUCAUGAUCGUUAUAAUAAG